GCGAAAGUAGGCCUACAUAAACGCAGUCAUUACGAAUACGAUAGACGGAAAGAAGGCAGCGCUCGUGUGGCGCUCGCAGUGUGGAAUCGCUGACUUGCUCGGGAGAGCUAGAGGGAGACAGAUGGCUAUGGUUGUGUCAGGGAUACUGUGAAGCUCGCUGUUGGGCUUUUCGUCAUCAACACCAUUAGCACCAUUAGAUCUGUAUUAGUAUUCGUUGUGUCUUGAGCUAGCAAAAAUGCCUUUCGGUUUUGGAAAGUCCAAAAAGUACGAUGAGCGUCUGGCGAAGCGUUAUGAUCUGAAAGAGGUGCUGGGAACCGGAGCGUUUUCCGAGGUUGUCCGUGGUAAGGACAGAGAGACUGGAGUUAAUUAUGCCAUCAAGUGUGUGGAUAGGAAAGCUUUGAAAGGCAAGGAGGGAGCGCUGGAGAACGAAGUAAAUGUGCUGAAAAAAGUGGAGCAUCCGAACAUCAUCAAACUGAUCGAGUUGUACGAGUCCAAAAAUCAUGUCUACCUCGUCAUGGAAAUAGUAACAGGUGGCGAGCUUUUCGAUAGAAUCGUCGACAAAGGCCAGUAUAGCGAGCUGGAUGCCAGCCAACUCGUUCGGCAAGUCCUGGGUGGCGUCAAGUAUCUGCAUGACCUUGGCAUUGUUCACCGUGAUCUGAAGCCGGAGAAUCUACUGUACUGGGACAAGACAGAAGAGUCCAAGAUCAUGAUUAGCGACUUUGGACUUUCCAAGAUGGAUGACGUCUCAAUGAUGUCAACUGCAUGUGGUACACCUGGUUAUGUUGCGCCAGAAGUACUUGCCCAGAAGCCGUACAAUAAUAUGGUUGACAUGUGGUCCCUCGGUGUCAUCUGCUAUAUUCUGCUUUGUGGCUACCCUCCGUUCUACGCUGAUAACGACUCGCAGCUCUUCACACAGAUCAUGCGUGGAGACUAUGAGUUUGACUCUCCCUACUGGGACAAUAUCUCAGAUUCGGCGAAGGAGUACAUCCGCCACAUGCUAACCGUAGAUGCGCGCAAGAGAUGCGACUGUAACGAGGCACUCGCUCACCCGUGGGUUGGAGGAGAUACUGCCAAGAGCGAUAACAUUGCUUCUCAAGUCACCGAGAAACUGAAGAAGAACUUUGCCAAGGAGAGAUGGAAGGGAGCAAUCCAUGCCACCCAGGCCAUAGUUCGAAUGCAGAAGGUUCUGGGUGGAGCUGGCCGAAGCGACGCAGCCGAGCAGAGCGGAGAGGAACCUGCAGCAGCCAGUGCAUCCCCGUCAGAUGACUUUACGACCGACUCUGAGAGACUGCGUCGCAUGAUGGAAGGCACUGCAUUGUAGGUUACGUAUAGAAAGCUUUGUCCUCGCUUCCGGCUGUAUCCUCUCUGUGCCGCUUCCACCAGCUACCUCAGUUGGCGGGUGCCGAGCAACUCUUUCUCAUCAUUGCUGUCUUGCCUACACUUGUCGCUGGUAUGGGCAAAGAAAUCCUAGGAGGGCAUGACGCCAUCGUGCAGCUGUCAUUAGAGCUUCAACUGUGGAUGCACGCGGCCACUCGGUCGUUGAGAGCGCGGUUAGGGUGUGUACUAUCCCUCAUCCAUCUGUCUGUUUUUCUGUCUCCCCUCGAAUGUCAGUGUUUCCUUUAGCAUUGCGCACUAACGGAUAUACAGCAUUCUCAACAUACCUGUGCAGAUUCUGUGUGUGUGUGUGUGUGUGUGUGUGUGUGUGUGUGUGUGUGUGCGUGUGUGUGUGUGUGUGUGUGCGUAGCGCUGUUCGCCAUUGUUGCAUUGUCAUGUAUAAUAAGCGUACCCAUCAAUGUCUGGUGUAUAUUUGCCAUUUUAAUAUUAUUGCAAUUGCUGUAGUGUUUUGCAAUAUGUAGGCUUCAUUCGGGGUGCGGCCAUCUCAUCAAUUAGCACUACUGACCAAUAGCACAUUGUAACAAACUUGCUCAGGGCAUGGGAAAUUUCCCUCAUGCACCUAUUCUAAUACCCAUCCUUCAUAUUCAGCAUUCCUGCUCAACACUACUUGAAGUUGUGACCGAGUAAUUCCCCUGCAUUAGUUAGCACACCGGCAACUGUGCAAUGCCACCCCUUCUCGGUUUAGGAAUGUCUCAAUUUUAGAAGCCGAUUGUUUUUCUUGUCAGUCUAGAUCUGUGGCACCGUGCACUGGUGAAUUGUGCACGGCUAGUGAUGCCGUUUGUGUGCAACA